UGAAAGUCAAUUCUUAAAUGUUUCGGAUUAAUUUUUAAAGCAAAAAAAAGUAGGCAGCCUAGCGCCAGAAACACUUACUAAUCAAAACACAAAUGUAAUAUAGCUGCGCACAGUAAUCAUAUCUUAGACGUUUAACAAUUGUUUUAACGGCUGAUAACAAUCAAAUAUCGGGGUCUUAACUAAAUAAUUUAUAACAAAAACAACAACAUCACGACCAUUUGGCCAAAGAGUGAGCGUCACUUCCCCAAUGUGAUAAGGAAUCUGUUUGAUUGAAUUCAGCGAAACAAAAAAAAAUUUGGUAUGGAUGUCUUGGCCAGACGUAUAUUCUAUCAGUUAACCGGCAAUAGGCUAAGAGUGAAUUGUGGUAUACUCUGGGGUGCCGUUUGGACGUUUUUGAAGAUGGCCAAUAAUAAAUCUAGUCUAUGUUAUCGCACAUUUCAUCCCAUAGCCAAGGAAUUUCAAAAGGAAAAAUUCAGUUUAUCCCAUCAGCCGGUCGAUGAUUUUCUCAAAUCUCAAUGGCAAACCUCACAAAAAUCCUAUCUAUGGUUGUUGUAUCGUUGGGGUCUGGCGUUGUGUUUUGGUGUGGGUGUAUUGGGCAGUUUGAUCCAGCAAUUUGGCGCAGGUAGAUGGUUUAUUUAUCUCACCGAUUGGGGUUUUCUGCUAUGCAUGUACAUAAGUUGGUUUGGUGCUAUACUGGUCACAAUCUAUCAUUUUUGUCCAACGUAUUUUGACAAUAAGCCUAAAGUUCUGAAAGUGUAUUGGUGUUCUCAUUGGUGUGUUUUGGUUGUGGCAACAGUCAUAACCUUUAUGUAUUGGCUAUUUAUAUUCCCAAAUGAUAAUGCCAAUGCCUCGGAUCUAUACAAUCUAUGGGCCCAUGGCUUCAACUCUAUAUUGAUGGUAUUGGAUCACAUGUUGGUGGCAUUUCCCACACGUUUAUUGCAUGUUGUAUAUCCUCUAAUAUUGGGUUUAGUUUAUGCCAUAUUCUCAUUGAUUUAUUACCUGGCUGGAGGCGUCGAUGUAAACGGAAAUCCUUAUAUCUACGAAAUUUUGGAUUGGAGUCAACCGGGCUGGGCCACAUUAAUGAUUUUCGGUUGUUUGGUAUUAGUUGUUAUCUUUAGUUUUCUAUUAUUUUGUUUAUAUAAACUACGUACGAUGAUUGCAAACAAAUGUAAAAACUCGAAACUUACUAUAAGUGCCUAAAGGAAAAACAGAAAUAAAUAUUUAAAAACAUUUUUUUUCCAAAUACGACAUUUC